CUGUGACAUACUAGCAAGCUCUCCCUGGUUUUUGAAAUUAGAGCUACGAGCUUAAAUUGCAACCACGACGCGUUUGCUCCGUUUCGUUGGGCUCUCUGCGUUGGCGACCUCCGCCGCGCUGCAAAAACCGCAUCGCGCGGCAGGUCUAAGACCGCCAAAACCGCAUCGCCGCGGCAGCGCCACAAACACAGCCAUGUCAGCGACGCCCGGCUUCUUCGAGGCCCUCGCGGCACAAUGCAAGGCCAAGGACUCCUACCUCUGCGUCGGCUUAGAUCCGCGCACCGCAACCGCAGAAGAGGCCCACGACGUCUGCUGCCGCCUCAUCGACGCGACGAAAACACACGCGUGCUGCUACAAGCCCAACGCGGCCUUCUUCGAGGCGCACGGAGCGGCGGGCUGGGCCGCGCUCAAGGGUGUUAUAGAGAAGAUCCACGCUGUUGGCUCUUUAUGUCUAUUGGAUUGCAAACGCGGUGACGUCGGGUCGACCGCGCAAGCCUACGCCAAGGCUUGUUAUGAUGACUUGAAAGCGGACGCGGUCACAUUGUCACCUUACUUGGGGUAUGACGCCAUCCAGCCCUUUGUGACGGGACAAUAUGCCGGCAAAGGCGCGUUCAUCCUCUGCGCGACGUCCAACCCCUCGGCCGACGAGAUGCAAUCGGACGCGUUGCGGGACCGCGUCGCGUCCUUAUCAUCAAAUGGCGGCGCCUGGGGCGUCAAGACGGCCGUGGCCUCGAGACCUCUGGGUCUGGUCGUCGGCGCGACGCGGCCGGCGGCCGUAUCAGCGGCGCGAACUCAAAAUGGAGACGCCUGGCUGCUGACGCCGGGCGUCGGGGCCCAGGGCGCCGACGCUUCUACAGUUGUGCGCGCGGCCCUCUCUUCAUCUUCCAGAGACGUGCGGCUCGUCGUGCCCGUGAGCCGAGCGAUCAUGAACGCCGACGACCCGUCUGCCGCCGCGCAAAAGCUCUGCCAGGAGAUCCGGGACGCCAUCAGCAAUGCGCCGCCGCCCCCCUCUCUCACGGAUACGCUCGCGGACGCGUCGCGUCGACUAUCGGACACGAUGACCUCCACCUUCCCCAGAACGGCAGAACUACUGACGGGAGGCGCGCUGAAGCCGCACCAGGCCAAGUUCGUCGGCUGCGUGCUGAGGAGCGGCGCUUUGAAAUUUGGCUCGUUCCAGCUGAAGUCCGGACGGCAAUCCCCGUACUUCUUCAACGCCGGCCUCGUCUGCGACGGGAACGAUGCCGCCGAGUUCUUCGACGCGUAUGCUGCUGCUAUACAAAACUCUGGCCUCGAAUUUGAUGUGGUCUUCGGGCCGGCCUACAAAGGUAUACCUUUAUGUGCCGGCGUCAGUGCCGCAUUGGCGGCGCGCGGCGUCUCCAGUUCGUUCGCCUACAACCGCAAGGAGGCCAAGGACCACGGUGAAGGGGGCACAUUAGUUGGAGCGGCCGUGAAAGGUCGGCGCGUGCUGCUGGUGGACGACGUCAUCUCCGCUGGUACUGCGGUAAGGGAGGCGACGGGUAUCCUGGCGAAGGCCGGAGCCAUUCUGGUGGGUGUUUGUGUCGCCGUCGACCGGCAGGAAGUCACAGGUGGUUCAGCGCCGCCCGCGCCCGGGAGUGAAAGAGUGUCGGCCGUCGAGGGCGUGCGGCGGGAGCUCGGCGUGCCCGUCGUGCCCAUCCUCACUUUGACGGACUUAUUGGCGUAUCUCGAGGCCAAGGGCGGCAGCGACGAGCACGCGGCGAACGUGCGCAAGUACCGCGAGACGUACGGGGCCUGCUAGACUACUGGGUAACGUAUAUAUUAUGCUCGAUAGGGGU